CUUUGUGUAUUUGUCUGUUUCAACGCAUUUACAUUGCCUGAAGUUACUAAUAAACAAACUAGAGCUAAAUUGCAUCCAAAUGAAUACCAGAAUGCAUGUAAUAACUGGAAAUUGUGCUUGAUUGAACAGUAUUAAGAUGAAUGCAAACAGAUUGGAGGGACGUUCACUCGGACAAUUGUAGCAAAUAGGAAGGCAAUGCUGAGGACGAACUUGAACGAAAUCCAUGCUGUAGAAUACGAAUAUCACUUACAUUUAUUCCAACGGCUUUCAUAUCACCCACUAUUAUAUAAUCCAAUUUCUCAAAGGAAACCUAACUCCAUAUCUCAUUCUGUUUAUAUUAUACGAAAACUAUCGGUUCCAGUCAUUCAGACACUUUCAAAUAUAUUGUCUUCUGUGACCGCCGAGAGAAGAUACUUACUGCAACGUUCCUCACUGCACACCUGUGAAUUUCAGAUUCAACCAAAGAAGGAAGGAGAAGAGUUUUCACUUAAUCUGUGUCUUACGAAAAUCUAGCUUACUGUUUGAAUUAGUCUGUGAAAGUGUGAUUUCCGCUGAAGAAUUUUACGAUGUCAACAAGUAAUCUUCAAAUGACGCUUUGGGAACCAGACUAAAAUUGCUGCAGCUCGGUUGGGAUGCGUUACUCAACCCUCCAUAUUCACCAGAUAUUGCUCCUUCGGGUUUCCACUUAUUCAGAAUGGUAAUUUCAAUUCGUUGGGUGACAUAAAAUGAUACCUUGAUGAAUUAUUUGCCAUGAAACCACCUCGAA